CCUCCCUUGAAUUUCCCCACCGCUCGCGCAGAAUUGUUCGAAUGUGUGCGAGGCCUCGCGUAUUCAGCUAAAGAUCGCAGCUGUCGGGUGUAGCCUGUGCUUCAUUUCAUCGCAUUCAACUGGGAUUAUUUCACGAUGGAUUAACUAGUUUGGAUUAACGUAUUUGUCGCUCCUUCUUCCUGCGAUGAAGGUCAAGGAUAUGGGUCCACUUUCAUGAGACUGAGUCAAUGCCAGUGAAGUAGACAAAAGUUAUCAGUGGUCGCAAUGGCCGACCCAAGAUCACCCAAGUCACCUCGCAAAGGCAAGGUCAUCAGCUUGCGUGUGAACUUUUUAAAUGACACAGUUCAUGCUUUCCAAGUACCUGUGAAAGCUGUGGGUCUUUUGUUAUGGGAUGCAGUUGUGAGUCACCUUCAGCUUUUGGAGUCGGAUUACUUUGGCCUGGAGUACACCAAUCACUAUGAGGAUGAGAGCUGGCUAGACAACAAUAAGCAGAUUUUAAAACAGCUACCUUCUGCAGACACUCCACUGCGCUUUGGAGUCAAGUUCUACAUGCCCGAUCCCAGCAUGUUAGAGGAGGAAAUCACAAGGUACUUCUUUGCAUUGCAAGUUCGUCGAGACUUGCUUUUAGGUGAACUACAUUGUAGUGAAAACACUGCAGCUUUGUUGGCAUCAUACAUUGUUCAAGGAGAGAUUGGUGACUUUCUUGUGGAUGAAUAUAGAGACAUUUCAUAUCUUUCUUCAUUCAAGUUUGUUCCUCAGCGACAGCAAACAGUUGAGAUGCUUCAGAAAGUCAUGGAAUACCAUCGACAGCAUGUAGGAGAAUCCCCUUCAGAAGCAGACUCCAAUCUCCUAGACACUGCUCGCAAAGUGGAGAUGUAUGGAAUCAAAUUUCAUCCAGCCAAGGACCAUGAAGGUGUAUCACUUAAUCUGGCAGUGGCACACAUGGGUGUGUUGGUAUUCCAAGGAAUGACAAAAAUUAAUACAUUUUCCUGGGCAAAAGUGAGGAAACUCAGCUUUAAGCGCAAAAAAUUCCUCAUUAAGCUUCACCCAGAAAGCUAUGCAGUGCGGAGAAGUGAAGUUUACCAACCCAAUCCAGAUGCUCCUCAGUGCUUGGGAUAUUACAAAGACACAGUGGAGUUUUUCUUUGAUACACGAGACAGAUGCAAAUAUUUCUGGAAAAAAUGCAUAGAACACCACAGCUUUUUUCGGUGCCAAACAAUAAAAAAAAUGCCCCGCAACAAGACGCGCGUCGUCAGUCGAGGAUCCUCUUUCAGGUAUAGCGGUAGAACUCAGAAGGAGCUGCAAGAAUAUGUACGAGAAAACAUAGUCAAACGACCAAUAAUAGAAAGGUCUGUCAGUGGCCGCAUCUCCAGCCGCAGCACAAGUGUUACACCAAAAAUUUCUGCAAAGCCUUCUGUGCACAACUCCUCAGAUUUACACAACUCCACAGCAUCAAGUGGCUCCCACAUCUUGGAGACUUCAUCCUCUGGGCUUCCUCCAAUACCUCCAACAAGACUGGAGACUGCUGAGAUCCAUUCCGAUUCCUCCAUGUCAGGAAGUCGUUCACUUGGAUCUCCACGUCUUGAACAUGGACUGUCAGCAGAUUCUGAAGGAGGAGAAUUCAUCAACCAGCCUGUGGAUACUGCUGCAGUUGAUGCUCGGCUGCCUCACUCCGACUCACCAGAUCAUCUUCAUACAAACAAUGUCAGUGCCACCUCAACUCCUAGGUUGUCAACUUCAGGGCUACAGGCCAAAGAUAGGAAAUUCUCUGCCCCUGUUUUUAGGUCAGAUGAAGAGAAGCCUGACUGGGGGGAUCAUCGUCUUUCUCGAACCGCUGAAGUGGAAAACAUUCCAGAAAUAGUUGAGGAAGAGAAAAAUGAUGAAAAUAUUAACUCACCCAGCAGGAAAAGUCUCACUCGCAGUGCAAGUGCAACUCCAUGUGAAUCCUUCAGGUAUGAUUUUGAUGACCUACCCCCUCCUCCACCACCCCCUCCAGCUGAUGUUGAGGAGGAUGAGGGAAGAGAUAGAAUGAUGGACUUGCGGGAUGAUGAUGAGGAAGAUGAGGAUGAGGAGGGGGCACAGAGGAAGUACCUUGAUGUUCCCUCAAGGAACCCAGCUGCUGAUAUUUCUGUCUCCAGUGCAGGAUUUCCCAGCAACAUGAGCAACAUCUCUUCAGGUUUGGAUCUGGAGGAGGACACCAAGCGACGUAGCAAGCACCGACCUGCAGACACAGGAUACUAUAUUGUGAAAGAACUCCUGAUGACAGAAAGAACUUACAAAAAAGAUCUGGAAGUGCUGGUUGUGUGGUUCCGUCAAGCCAUUAGUGGAGAUGCGGAUGCGCUGACUGCAUUAGGAAAGUUAAUAUUCUCCAUCUUGGAUCCUAUCUAUGACUUUCAUUGCAUCUUGCUGAAGGAGAUUGAGCAGAGACUAUCCUUGUGGGAAGGUAAGGCCUCAGUGCCUAUGAAUGGUGAUGGUCACUGCAUUGGUGACCUCAUGCUUCAAACUGUCAACAGCAUUGAGCAGCUGUAUCAACCAUUUCUUGAAACACAAGAAAGCAUGUUGCUAGAACUAGACCAACGAAUUAAGGGAAGCAAACUCUUUGAGGAGCUCUUCAAAGAAUUUGAAUCCCAGAAAGUGUGUUAUCUCCCCCUGAACACGUUCUUCCUCAAACCUGGGCAGCGGUUACUUCACUACAAACUUGUCUUAGAACGUCUAGUCAAACAUUACUCCCCUACUCACACUGAUUCGUCUGACUGCCAAGCUGCAUUGGAAAAAGUCAAAGACAUCACAAACACAUACAAGUUUAAACUGCAUCGUUUGGAAAAUCUUCAGAAGCUAAUGGAACUGCAGCGAGAUUUACUGGGCCUGGAAAAUCUUGUCAGUGUAGACCGAGAGUUUCUGAGAGAAGGCUGCUUGCAAAAAUAUUCUAGGAAAGGCUACCAGCAGCGCAUGUUUUUUCUUUUCUCAGACAUGCUGGUAUAUACCAGUAGAUCUGCAUCAUCUUUGCUGCAGUUCAAAGUUCAUGGUCAGCUUCCUGUCCGAGGCAUGACGAUUGAAGAAACAGAACAGUCCAAAGUAGCAGUGCCAAACACCUUUGCCAUUUAUUCAGGAAGCAGAUGUAUAUUGGUGGCAGCAAGCUCAGAAGAGGAAAAAGCCAAGUGGAUUGAGGAUAUUAACAACGCUGUUCAGGCUGCUGCUCACAGACCGGAGGCUGAAUGCCCGCACUACCCUACCCUCAAGUCCUCAAGUUCAGCAGAAAAUGUAGAUAUAUCAGGUAAUAAUGACGGUGAACGGUCUACAGAAAAGCUUAUUCAGCAUCGAGCCAACACAACAAUGCAUGUUUGCUGGCACCGCAACACAAGUGUCUCAAUAUAUGACCAUGAGAGAGCACUCAAGAAUCAGCUUAGUGGCUAUCUGCUUCGAAAGUUUAAAACAAGUAAUGGAUGGCAAAAACUGUGGGUGGUCUUCACAAAUUUCUGCCUUUUCUUCUAUAAAACUUAUCAGGAUGACUUCCCUCUGGCCAGCCUGCCAUUGCUAGGAUAUGCAGUGAAUCAGCCAGAGCCAGAGGAUCGAAUCAACAAAGAUAACGUGUUCAAGCUGCAGUUCAAGAACCAUGUUUACUUCUUUCGUGCUGAGAGUGAAUAUACAUAUUCAAGGUGGAUGGAAGUAAUAAGUCUAGCCACAAGCAGUGCUCGACGGACUCGCCUUUUCAGCCGCAUGACAAGCACUCUGGAGAGCUAGUAAACGGAGUCUUGUCUUUACCCUGCUGUGUCCAAAAGAGUUUCAGCCACCAGAGAGACUACAAAAAUCUUUGUGACUUAUUUUAGCUUUGUGGAUUAGUGUGGAAGAAGUCCUUAAUGAAGAGAGUUGUGAGCUGUUGUUUUGAACAUCAUACAUAAGAAGAGUGUGUGUUGGGGGUACCUGCUUUUUUAAAACUGUUAUUUAGCAAGGGCUUUGUACAAAAUACAGCCAAUGAAUUCAGAUUGUCCUGGUCAAAAUAUAUAUAUAUAUAAAAUAAUGAAAUCAAGGUAAGGUUCAGUGUUUGGGGUUUUCAAGUUUGCUAGUAAGUAUGUGGAAAAAGUGUGUACCAUGUGAAAUGUGCUGGGAACAAGAGGAGCACGGCGGUUGAACCAGUAACAAUACGGCUAUUUCGGGCAGCCUCAUGUCCAAUCUGUGCAACGAGACUGCAGCAGUAUAACCAUAACCUUCACCUCUCCAUAUAUUUUUGUAAGUUUGUUGUCACCUGAACCACAGUGCAUUUUCCAGACUCAUUACCAUCAGGAAAGGAGAUGUUGUAUUGAUGCGAUGAAUGAGUUCUCCUAAAGUUUAGUAGAUGGUAGUCCAUUGUUACAGUGUUCCUAAUAAAAUUUUAUUUAUUUUGACCUUUUGUCACUACAUACACAGAGUAGCACAGUACAGUUUCUUCUGAAAGCCAUACCGUUGUGUGCAUAGCCAGAACUGUAUGAUCGUGAGUGAGUAUUGAUAUGUAUAUCACACAUUCUACAACACUAGGUGGAAGACUGUUAUUAAGUUAAGUGAAUCUACUUUACCUUACUGGAAUAGAACGAUUUCCUCAUUCACAAUUUUUUUUAAACUUUGUUAUUUCUAUAAUGUAAAAUUUCUAGUUUUGCUAAACACCCAGAGAUCUAAAGCUAGUUUAACACUCACAGAUUUGAAUAUGUUUAUAAACGCAUAUUUUCAGAAAAUAAUUAAAAGUAUCAAGAAAGGUGGACUGCAGGUGUGAGAAAAAUAAGGACACACACAAAGUGAAACAUCUUUUAAGUAUCUUUUUGCAAUGGCUACUGUUAACAAGAAUUAUCCAGUCUUACCUCAUGGUUAUCAUUCAUUUUGAUGGAGAGAAAAACUUUCUUUAGGUGUAAUUAUUUUGAAUACAUUCUUCACAUUACCAGGCCAUCCUUUAUAGCACAUACAGUUCUCUCUGUGUGUGGGAGAGAGUGAAAAAACUAGGAAUUUUGAAAUACUUGAGUGUACUUGACAGUGAAAAAUGUCCUUUUUUUUCACUCUGCCACCUGAAUGUGUUUCCCACAUCAUUAUCUGUCAUAUAUAUCAUAAUUGUAUGUAUACCCUUAUGCAUUUGAGUGAUAUACUUUUAAAGGGAAAAAACUGCCAAUACCUUUAUUCUUUUAGAAAAUUAAUGUGUACAUCUGAAAAAAAGAGUCAAUAGCUUAAAGAUGACUUAGCAUUUGAAAGGGGUUGAUUUUACUUUCCAUUUCUGUCUGAAAGCAUGUUGAAUGCAGCCAAAACGGUUUCAUAACUGCUUUAAAAAGUUUAGUAAACUUGAGCAGCAAAAGCAGUGGGUUUUUUAAAAUCCUCUUUCUUGAGCUUCCAUGUAUGCCUUAACUUUCCAGCAUUAUUUUCCCUGUUUUGAUGUGAAGUCCAAUUUGUUGACAACAGGCAAGCAAGUGUGCAUGCAACAAAACAAAUAUGAAAAUGCUUCAUCUGCAGUAUUUAUUACAUCAUUUUGAUUAUUGUUGUAUUGAGAAGCUGUGACUGAAGGUCUCAUGAUGACUACUAAUCUUUAGUGGCCUAGCAUUCUGGUUGCUUUGCAAACUGUCUACAGAUUGGCAUAACAUUGGCUGUGUGUGUAUGUGUGAACACUGAGAAAAUUUGUAUCUGGGCAUUUUGAUUCAUUUUUUAGUCAUUCUGUUGCUCAAAACCUGCAUCGGAUGCCAUUACUUUUACAGUAGCGUUUUUUUAAGAAAAUAGGGAAUUUUUUUACUUCUUAUAUUUGAAGUUAAGUUAGCUUAAACUUUAAAGAUUGAAAGGGUUUGAUGUGAGACUGCUGUUGAUAGCACAUUUUAUACUCCAUAUAUUUUGUUGUUUUCUGAUAUUGCUUCAUCAUUUACACAUUAAGAGAUUUUAUGAAAAGCAGAGUUGAGAAACUGGUGCCCCACAGUUCUCUUUCUUAAUCACUUUGCUUGUGAUUUGGUUGUACAAAUAUGGGGAGGUGUGCGAUUUGUUUCAUGCAAAAAAGGAACUGGCAAGUGAUUGUUAAUGUUUGUGCUUUUUUACCUUUACCACUGCAUUGUGUGGACAAGAUGACUUGGUGACGGGAGCAUGCUCUGUAUAUAAUAUACUGCCAGACCACUUUUCAUUGACAGCAUGUUUUCAUUUUAAUGGCCUUUGUGUGAUGGCAAGAUUUUGGUUGAAAUCAUCUUGUAUUUUGUACAUGAUUUUACUUUAGCAUAUUGAAACACAUCAAUACAAGAUUUUUUCUUUUGGAAGAGCGAUGUUAGCUUAUUGAAGUAAGGAACAGUUGUAACUCUAUUUUAUUGUUGUGAAGUAGUUUUGGGGUGAGCAAUUUAUGAAAACAAGUAGUACAAAACUGUGGAACAGAUACAGACCUAUUUAAAAUUGUAUGCUAGAGAAGUUCCUUGCAAAGUUGUGGCUUCAGAAAUCCAGCCUGAGUAUCUUUGUGUGAUUUACAUGCAUUCUUCUUUGUUGCAUGAGAUGCUUUGUUUUUGUCAUCAUAAGUAUAUACAGCAGGACCAUGGUUUAUUUUCCUUUUCACUGAUUUCCUGUUUGAAGAAGUGGAGGUUAAGUGUGCUAUUUACAGUUAACUGAAAGAAGACUAAAGUGAAGUGAGAUUGUGCAUGAAGAAAGUGAAGGCUGUUAAUUGUAAAAAAUAUCCAUGAGCUAAAAAAUCAUUUUCACAUUUCUCAGUUUUAAAGGAUCUUUUCUGAUCCUGCAGGUCCAGAAAAGCCAGAGAUUUCUUUGUUCUUAUUAUUUGGUUUCCAAGCAAAAAACCUGUUAAGCAGUGAAUGAUAAGAUAAAGAUGUUACUUGAUUUUUUUUCCACCUGUUUUUAGUUAGUAAUAUUUUGCUUACUUGGGAAUUUUAAGCUUACAUCAGAUACGGCUGGAGUUUUUAGUAGCUUUAGUUUCAGUCUAGCAGCAAGAUAUUUGAAUGUAUCAUGGACAGAGAAUGUGCCGUGAAGUAAAAUAUGAAGAGUUAUGGUUGGCUUUACUUCACCUACAUUGCUUGAAUGAAAUUACUGGCAUCAUUUCUUGUGUAUUGUGAAGGAAACUGUACAGUAUUCUAAAUGGGUGGUAUGAAAACAAUUGUUUGAAAACUUUUAUGAUAUACAAUAAUAAUAUAAAACAAAAAUAUUUUGAAUUUGCAACUGCUUUUUGCAGUAUUUCUUGUCUCUUUCGAGACAAAAAAUUCUCAGUUGGGUGAGGUCUUUUUUUUUAAGCUUCUUGAAGACUAAAUGCUUUUAUUUUCAAGAGACCCUUACAUGAUAAAUCGGAUGCCUAAAACAGCUGGCUUUGACCAUUCUUGCAGUCACAAGUCCAACUUAGUGACCUUGUGUUACAAAGUUGAACACACUGGGCAAUAGACUAGAAAUUCCUUUACUUUUAGUCUGACUGAGGAUAGCCUUUCAUACCUUUACAUUGGACUUUGCAGCUGUUUACAUGUGUCAAGCGGAGACUGGUUAAACUUCAUUGUAGCCAGGGUGCUGUUGCAGUCUCUGGCUAUACCGUUUGUCUUUGAUGAUCUUGCCUUCAUGAAAGAUAGUAGACCUGUCCCUAACCUGUUACAAGUUAGCAGAGAGAGGCAAGAUCUAGGAAGAGAAAAGGUAAUUUAGAUCAUUUCUUUUUAAAGUCUGCAAGCCUGGCAUACCCAACAGGUUAUAUGAAAGGCAUCCAUAUUUACAAUGACAAUGACCAACUUUAUUUGUCACAGUCAGCAAUUUGAACAUGGGAAGGUGCUCUAGUCACAAAAGUAAAAGUUAGAAAUAAAAAUAGAAAUAAAGUUUGUUGCAAGGUGCAGGUUAAAAAGAUGUCGACAGUGAAAAAUAUGAACAAAUAAAAAGAAAAAAAAAUUGAUGGGCAAGUGACAAUCAUAAUAUAUAACAACAAACUUACAUCAAGGCUAUUCAUGCGUGCACCUACGACAUCACACACAGACAACUCAUCUGAGGUUAACAGGGGGACUGCAGAUGGCAUAAAUGAUUGCAGGUGCCUAUUACUUCUACAUGGAAUAACGUUUACCUGAGCUUAAUAAUACAAAUUCUCUCUUUAGUACAUGUUCAGGUAUGGAAAAAUGCGUGAAGCUUUUCUAUUUGUUGGUCACAGAAAGAAGUUAAAUCCCUCUGUUUACCAAUUAUGUUAAAACAGAGGUGGGCAAAACUGUUCAGACUAUUCCUAUCAUGGACCGAGAGAUUUAUCAGGUAUUAGUGUUUUUUGUGCAUGUGCACAACCACUCACUCAUCAGAAAAGGGAGUUGCCUAGAGGGGUUGCUUUAAAACAUUUGGCUGUGAAAAUUAUGUGCCACUUAUAUUAAUACUGGUAGUGCUUAUGUUAAUCUUUAAAGCUUUUCAGGUGUUAACUCCAUAGCUUGAUGGUGAGAGUUGCUUCACCUUUGAAAUUAAAUAUGUUGACUGUGUACUGAUUUUGCAUGCCUUUUCAUUACUGAUUUUUGCUUUUGAAACACUGUUGCUAUUUUCUGGUAUGGUUUAAGAGUAGUUUAUGACUGUCACAAACUCAUUUCAGCAGACCUUAACAAUGAAGUCACUUUUAUGAUGGUAUGUCUAUUGGAUUUCUAUUGGGUUUAAGUUUUUGACCCAUAGGAGUCGACAGUUUUUCAGUUUGUCUAGUUUACCUCAGUAAAUGAAAUCUUUAGAGAAAAUUAAUAGAUGCAGAUGUAAUCCACCGCCUAUUUUAUCUCACUUUAUUAAUAUCAGGGCAGAGCUUGCUCAUAUGUUGACAUGGAUGAGUGUGCCAAAUUAGGGAAAGAAAACUGCACUGAGGCAUAGAUCCCAUUGAAAACCAUACCAAUGAGAAGCUAUCUAGUCCAGCAAGGAUCUCAUUUCAUUGCUCAGUGAUUAUCUUCAUUGCAAAUGCAGGUGUUCUUUCUUAUUUCCUUUUUUUUUUAAUCGAAUUUGUAUCUUGAUAGAUUCUAAAUGUCAAUAAACUCCAGAACUGUUAUUAUUAGAGACAUAAGCUUAAUUUUAUUGGUUUCUAUCAUCACAAUGUUAAGUUGGAGUUUUCUCUAUUUAUAUUGAGGUUUUGUGACAUUUUGUCAGGGAUGUAAAACACAAGUGGAAAUUGAAAAGGUGCACAAAAAGAGACACUUGUCUAUGUGAUCAAGAGAGAACUCAUUACUAGAUAGUUUAACUUCGGUCUUUACUUUUUUGGGGGGAUGGGGGCAUUUUUAAAGACCUACAUUAUCUGUCUUAUAAUUUCUAAAUAAAGUGCCGAUAGCGACAUUUAAAAGCCAUUCCAAGCCUUUAACAGUGUGUUCAUGUGACUUGUACUUUUCUGUGUGUGAUACUUGGGCAAGUGAACUGUUCCUGAGUUUUAUUGUUAAGCCAAUGCACACAAUGCAAUUUCUUUUUUAUUUCUUUGGGGCAAGUGGAAGGAACUUGGAUCCAAAGUUAUUUCUUUGUUGUAAUCCUUGCAAAGGGAAAUGUACUAUUACUAGAAUAUUCUUAGGACAUCACCUAUUCCACUGCUUUAAAUGGCUUAUAACCAGUGUUAAAUUCUCAAUGCUGUGUGUCAAAAGUGUUGUGUUUUUAUUUAGCUUCACUAGCAUUUAGAUUUUCUGCAGUGGAUUUUAUUUAUGUGUUGUACAUGUGCACUUUUGCACACAUGCAAAGGAUACCUGCUCUGUGAUUGUUCUGGUUGUUUCCCCAUCAUCCCAAUCCUAGCCAUUAACUUGUCAUUGCAUUUUAUCAGCAUGGUUUUCCAAUUGAUUUGUCUACCAAGAGUCAGCUUGUUUCCUUUUAGCACUUUCUUCCAAAUUCUAUGGAGCCAGCCAGUCAUCUGAGAACCUGAACACUAAGAGUGCUCCAAACCUUGUAGCAGCAACUUAGAUAAUAUAGCACCUUUCUAAAAUCAUGCUUUAUAGCUUGUAUACUAUUCUCUUUUGCUGUUUGGCUUGAAUGCAGUAAGGAGUUCCCCAUCCAUCUUGCCACAGCAGUAUUUGUCUAGACAAUAAACGAGAUGCAUUGAUAAUUUAAGUGACCAGUAGGACUUUUUUAAAUGCCAUGUAAACUUGUGAUUGUGCAGACAAUGAAUGUAUUCAUUGAUAAUAAAUAACGAAAGAAGAAUGCCA